CGAUCUCCAAAAAAAAAAAUUCUUCUCGAAGUUCUUGAAUUUGUGCUCUUUGGGAAUUCUUUAAUCUUUUUCGAAUGAAAGAUGAUGUAAAAUAGUUGCAAACAAAACUAAACAUUUACCUGUAAAUUGUAAUCAAAACAGAAACAUAUAACAAUUUAUUUGCUGUAAAUUAUAAUAAAAUAAAACAUGGAUGAAUAUUCACGAGAGCCAUGCCCUUGGCGUAUUUUGGACGAUUCUGGUGGUGCUUUUUUAAUGGGAGCUAUUGGCGGAGGAAUUUUUCAUUCAAUAAAGGGUUUCAGAAAUGCCCCAGUUGGAUUCAGCAGGAAAAUGCUUGGCAGUCUAGCGUCUAUGAAGGAAAGAUCACCCAUAACAGCGGGAAGUUUUGCAGUGUGGGGAGGCAUGUUCUCAACCAUUGAUUGUUCUCUGGUGUACUUACGGCAAAAGGAGGACCCGUGGAACUCUAUCAUGAGCGGAGCCCUUACUGGUGGCAUCCUGGCAGCAAGAAAUGGUGUACCAGCUAUGGCGGGCAGUGCUCUAGUCGGAGGCAUCCUGCUGGCCUUAAUCGAGGGCAUUGGUAUAAUGUUGACAAGGAUUUCUUCUGAACAGUUCAAACCUCAGCAGCCAAUCUUUGAAGACCCCUCAGUUCUAGGCCAGACGCAAGCCCAGGGGCCAAGUUUCCAAUAAGCUAUCCAUAGAUUAUAAAUAAUAAUAUUGUACAGUUAAAACCUAAAUAUAGUCCUGGAAUACCACAAAACCUUUAGAUGUGGUUUAAAAUAACAAAUUUAAGCUUUUCUGUUGAGACUAAAUGUGUCCAAAGCAAGAAUAAGAGAGUCAACAAUGAUUUCUAUCAACUGCCACUUGAAUUAUUUUGUUAGGAAAAUACUUUGUGUACAUUUUAUACAAUGCUUUAAUGCUACAAAAUCUUUUGAAAAUACCAACUGAGAUAUUGCAAUAUAGUUGACAGCCAUUCCUAUUCUCAGUAUGGGCACAUUAUUUUAUUGACUUAUCUCGUAAAAUAGUAUCUAAUUUAUCAAAUAACUGAAAU